CAGUUUGGGCUCGAGACUAUAUUGGAUAUGGCGAAGAUUUGCCCCUUGCGACAUGAAGGGAAAGUCAUGAGAAUCGUUUUACCGAAGAAAUGUAUAUGGAAGGAGAAUGACUCUUGCUAUCGCCAUUUUGCUGCACAUAAAAUUAGAGUCGAAGAUAUUCAUGGAAAAUUGUGCUCUGUGUUUCACCUCAAAUAUAAGGCAUGGCUAGCAGAGCUGAAACUGAAGCCUCCAUAAAUAAUGAUCAUGGAUUGCUUGCAAAACCAUUGCAUUUGCAACGUUUGGAACAAGCAGUUCGCUUAGAACCAUUUCUUAAUUACAUUGAAAAUGUAUACAGUGAAUCUCAAAGCGACAAUGAUAUUGCUGAUGAGGGAAGUCGCUCUGACUUUGAGUUGGAUUCAGAAAUUUUUAAAGAAAAAUUUAAUUACAGACAAGAUAGACGUUGUGAUAGAUUACGUCUUUAUAAUUUUAGUAAAGUCAAGAAGAAUAGAGUGUGGUUGAAAGACAUUUUAUUAAGUGAUUCUUCUGACUCGGAUGAUAGUAGUGACGCUUCAGUAAUAACUGAAGAAGAUCUUCAAGAAAUGUUGAAACUUCACAAAUUACAGAAGGCUGCUCAAACUGAAUUUCAUAGCAAUCCUGAGCUGCGUCAAUAUCAGUACUAUGGCUCUGGUUUAUUAUCAAAUUAUGACAAAUUCUAUGACAAUCAAAAACUUGUUCUUGGUGCAAAAAAAUUAAAAGAAAAGAAAGCUGAAAAAAGAAAAGCAAAAUUGAAAAAAGCGAAACUGGAAACUGGGAAGCCUUCUAAAGAUGAACAGGAUUCCACCUCAAGUUCCAAAAAAGGCUCAAAUAAAAAUCAAAAGACUGAAGAUCAUGGGGAUGCUCCUGUACAAAAGCAUCAUUCUAAAAAAAAGAAUUCUGUCUCGCACGAAGCUGUUAUGAAUAUGAAAAGAAAGAGACUAUGGAUAGCUAUUGGUAAAAAAGAAAUUGGAAGGGCUCAAAAGCAAAUGGUUGCAGCACAUAAGGAAACUUUGACAGUUGCAAAGAAGCUUGCUUUGGCAUGCCAGCGUGAAGUUAGAAAAUCAACUUUAGUUUCCCAAAAACUUGUAAAGGACAUACCCACUCGAGCUCGUCGACUUACCAAAGAAAUGAUGCUGUAUUGGAAACGUUAUGAAAAAGUGGAGAAAGAACAUCGUAAAAGGGCUGAGAAGGAGGCCCAGGAACAGUUGAGGCUGGAUAUAGAAUUAAGAGAGGCCAAACGUCAACAAAGGAAACUUAACUUUUUGAUAACACAAACUGAACUUUAUGCUCAUUUCAUGAGCAGAAAAGUAACUGGACUACGUGAUGUACAAGAAGAACAGAUCUUGCGUCAGUUAGAUGAGCCCAAGAAAGAUCCUGAUGCUCCUACUUUACAGUUAUUAAAAGAUGAUGAUAGUUAUAAUCCUGAGGAAAUGAAGGUUCUUGCUUUGCAUAAUGCUGAUUCUGCUUAUAAAGCACAUGUAAAUAAGACUGCAGAAUUUGAUGCUCUUUUGCCUCCAACUAUCAAAAAGGAACCAUUGAAUAUGCAAGAUGAAUUUGAUGAAAAUUUCAAAUUGACAAAUCCAUCAAUUGAGGCUGAUGAAGAACACCCUCAACCAGCAAUGUUUGUUGGGAAAUUGAAAACAUAUCAAUUGAAAGGUAUGAAUUGGCUUUACAGUUUAUAUGACAAAGGCAUCAAUGGUAUUUUAGCUGAUGAAAUGGGUCUUGGAAAAACUGUUCAAACUAUAGCUUUUUUAGCUACUCUUAUAAAAGCUCAAGGAAUUUGGGGCCCAUUUCUCGUUAUUGCUCCUGCAUCUACAUUACAUAACUGGCAGCAGGAAUUUGCAAAAUUUGUUCCAAAAUUUAAGGUUUUACCAUAUUGGGGCAAUACUAAUGAUCGUAAGGUGUUGAGGAAGUUUUGGAGUCAGACAGAUUUACAUACAGAAAAUGCCUCCUUCCAUGUUUUAAUUACUAGCUAUCAAUUAGUUGUUCAGGAUGUGAAAUAUUUUCAAAGAAUUAAAUGGCAGUAUAUGGUUUUAGAUGAAGCUCAAGCAAUCAAAAGUACAUCAAGUCAGCGUUGGAAAAUAUUACUUAGUUUCAAUUGUCGCAAUCGUUUGCUGUUAACUGGAACACCUAUACAAAACAGCAUGGCUGAGCUAUGGGCUUUGCUACAUUUUAUAAUGCCAACUUUAUUUGAUUCUCAUGAAGAAUUUAAUGAAUGGUUUUCAAAAGAUAUUGAAAGUCAUGCAGAAAAUAAGUCAGUAAUUGAUGAAAAACACCUUUCUCGACUGCAUAAAAUUCUACAGCCUUUCAUGUUACGCAGAGUAAAGAAAGAUGUUGAGAAUGAAUUAUCAGAUAAGAUUGAAAUUCUUGUUUAUUGCCCUCUGACUAGACGACAAAAACUUUUAUAUCAGAAUUUGAGGAAAAAAAUAUCUAUAGAUGAUUUAAUGCAGUCUUCAUCUACUGUUUCGUCCCACUCUCAAUCUGCCACAUCUAGUUUAAUGAAUCUUGUAAUGCAGUUUCGAAAGGUCUGCAACCAUCCAGAUUUGUUUGAGAAACGGGAGGUGAAAUCGCCAUUCUUCUUUAAGUCAAUAUUGCAUGUUUUACCAAAAUUACUGUAUAGAGAAGGUCUUUUAUAUUUGAAUAACUGCAAGAAACAACACGUAUCUCACAAAUUAUUUAAUAUAUUUUAUCCUGAUCACAUUCACUAUAGUUUGUUCCCUAAAUCUGCAGAUGAUAAAUUUAGUCUUCAUGAUUGUUGUUUUUCGUUUAUGCGUUUUAUUGGUCUAUCAACUGGAGAGAUAUCGCAAGUAUUUCUCUGUGGUCUCUUGUCUAGGUGGAUAGCAAUUUGUUUAAUGUGGAAAUCAGCAUAUAGGAUAUUACAUAAUUCUAAUUGGAAAGAAUCAUUGUCAUCAUCAUCAAAAUAUUUUGAUCAAUCUGCCUUAGUGCUUUCACCAUUGAUACCCGAGUUUUCACUUCAAAACUUGGAUAGUGCCUUUUCAAUUGUAUUUACCAGUCAUGUAAAUAAUGUAUAUGGAUUCACAGAUCAUCAUAUUUAUCCUAUAAAAACUGUAUAUAAGAAAGAGAAUUCUUUAAGCAGCAGCUUAUUAUCUGUAAAGCAGGAAAAUAUAAGUGGGGGAGAUAAUACAUUAGUUUCUCCAUGUAUAAGGCAGUGCCAAUUGACUAGUCCUCCUUCAUUUCUUACUAAUUUAUCUACCAAGGUUAUAGCAGAACCCUUGUCUCUCUAUGUCUCUGAUCGAAGUGGUGAUUGGUGGAUAUCGAGAGUUAAGAAUUGUGGCUCUGUUCAGGCCUUAAGAACUGUUCUUUAUGGUUCUCCUGAAAUGACAUCUGCAAGAUUAAAACAAUCCUUAUUCCAUCCCCAACCAGUUGGAGGCAUUAGUGCAGUACAUCCUCCAAAUGGAUGGUCUAAGAUAGUCAUUCCAGGUAAAGAAACCAUUGUGACUGAUUCUGGGAAACUUCAAGUAUUAGAUGAUUUAUUAACUAGGCUGAAAGCAGGUGGACAUCGAGUCCUUAUUUACUCACAAAUGACUAGGAUGAUAGAUCUUUUAGAAGAUUAUAUGUGUUUCCGGAAACACACUUACAUGAGAUUAGAUGGAUCUUCAAAGAUUGCUGACAGAAGAGAUAUGGUUGCUGAUUUCCAGAAUAGGUCGGAUAUCUUUGUUUUCUUGCUAAGCACUCGUGCUGGGGGUUUGGGAAUAAAUUUGACAGCUGCCGAUACUGUAAUAUUUUAUGAUAGUGACUGGAAUCCAACUGUAGACCAGCAGGCUAUGGACCGUGCUCAUCGUCUAGGGCAAACAAAACAAGUUACCGUUUAUCGCCUAGUUUGUCAAGGAUCUAUUGAAGAGAGAAUUCUCCAGAGGGCCCGAGAAAAAUCUGAGAUUCAAAGAAUGGUAAUCAGUGGUGGAACUUUCAAACCAGAUACUUUGAAACCCAAAGAAGUUGUUUCACUGCUUUUAGAUGAUGAUGAACUAGAAAAGAAAUUUCGUCUUCGACAAGAAGAAAGAAAGCAGCUUGAAAAAUUAAAUCAAGAUAGGAAGAAAAGGCCUGAAGGUUUUGAAAGCAAAAGAGGUAGGAAAAAGAAAAAAGAUGAUAGUAUUCAUUCAUCAGCUCCUUUGAUUAUUCACGAUGGAGAUUCUUUACAAAGCGUGGAUUCAAUUCCUCCUAGUCCAUAUAGUGAACAUUCUGUAAGUGGUUUUCCCGCUGCUCAUGAUGAUACAAGCAGUGAAGGUCCUUUAGUAGUUGAUGAUAGUAGUCCAUCAAGUACUCCUCUUCCAUUUUCUAUGCAUAUGUUUGGAAGUUCCAGUCUUGAUGAGAGUGCCGCCAGUUUACUGAGGAAAAGAGGUUCCAACCGUGGAAGAGGGCGUCCCAGAGGCUCAGGCAGGGGUAGAGGAAAUGGAAGAGGACGAGGAGGUGUACUAUCGGCUGCUGCAGCUGAGCUAGCAGGUGCACAAGCUGGGAAAUCAGCUGCUUUUGCAGCAUAUGCUUUCUCUUCAACUUCUGCCACUAAACCUACUGAAAAAAGUACAGUUUUCAGAGGGCAGCGUGGUAGUAGUCGAGCAGCUGGAAAUCAAACUAUCAAAUAUCUGACUCCCAGAGGAAGGGGGGCUGCUUAUAAAGGAAUUAGUCCAAGUUUACCAACACAGUCAAUAUCCUUAGGUUUUUAUAUGCCUGGGCCUCAAUUACAGGGGCCUUAGUUUUUUCUUUCCAAUUAUAAAUUUUACAUCUAUUAUAAUAGCAAUUGUCACUGCUGAACUUCCCUAUUUCAUUCAUUUUAUCACUGCAAACUGCUGCUCUAUUGUUGGCAUGAUGACCUCCAUUGUAUAAAGCUGUUUUUAUUGUAGAUAAUUGUACAGAAGAAAAUUAUUUAUGUAUGCUAGCCUCUGGCUUAUUCAAUAAAUAAUAUAACACAUUG